CCUGACACCAUGGCCUGCUGUCAAACUAGCUUCUGUGGAUUUCCCAGCUGCUCCUGUGGGACCUGUGGCCCCAGCUGCUGCCAGCCGACCUGCUGCCAGACCAGCUGCUGCCAGCCAACCUGCUGCCAGACCAGCUGCUGCACCAUGGCCUGCUGUCAAACUAGCUUCUGUGGAUUUCCCAGCUGCUCCUGUGGGACCUGUGGCCCCAGCUGCUGCCAGCCAACCUGCUGCCAGACCAGCUGUUGCCAGCCGACCUGCUGCCAGACCAGUUGUUGUCAACCAACCUGCUGCCAGACCAGCUGCUGUGGGACUGGCUGUGGCACUGGCUGUGGCCAGGACUGUGGCUGUGGAGGUGUGAGCUGCCGCACCAGGUGGUGCCGCCCUGACUGCCGCGUGGAGGACACCUGCCUGCCCCCCUGCUGCGUGGUGAGCUGCACACCCCCAACCUGCUGCCAGCUGCACCAUGCCCAGGCCGCCUGCUGCCGCCCAUCCUACUGUGGACAGUCCUGCUGCCGCCCAGCCUGCUGCUGCUACUGCUGCGAGCCCACCUGCUAA